AACUUCGGCACGAACAGCGAUCGCCUGUCCAAGUUUCUGGAGCGCCACGCCAGCAACCGAGAUGUGAUCGUGCAGGGCGUCGAUGCAGACGGAAUGGAGCGAGUGCAUCAAUUCGAGCUUCACGAGGAGCCGCUGCCAAACUACACCACUGCCCGCGGCGACAAAGCUUCCUGCACGCUCACCUGUCGCUCCUACGCGACCGAGCUCAUCUACAACGUGCAGCUGCGGCUCGGCGACCUUGAGCGGCUCAACGGGUCAAAGCUGUGGAUGCCCCGAACAUGGCCGCGGAACACGGAGGCGAGGGACGAGGAGUGCGCCGAGCACUUUGACAGCGUGGUCGAACUCUUCCACGCCAGCGACCGCGUUGAAAUUCUGCCAGGAGUCGACAAGCGGCUGGCACGCAAGGAACUCAGCACCCUCGUGCCAGUGCUUGCUGGUGUGCCAAAAGAGGAGCAGCCAUUCCAUGCCGGACUUGCAGCCAUCCUGGAGACCAGCGACUAGCCGCGCAGCUACCCGAAUCUCGUGCGCCUGUGGGUGGCUGUGGCAGUGCUUCCUCUCAGCACUGUUGAGUGCGAGAGGGGAUUCUCGCGACAAAAUGUGAUUAAGAGCUGGA